AUGUCGAUCUGGUCAUUACGAGUCCGGGCGCGACUCUCGCGUCCUAGGCUCUGUAAAAGCCAUACCAAUAGUCGCACUUACACAGCUUCCGCAUGUCCUCAAUAUAGAACCCUCGACUUCCUCGAAAAUGACGACCUGGACACCUUCCAACAGCGAUGCUUCUUCCCCGAACAACCAGCGAUUCUGCCCCGAGGUAGCUUCCAAACAUUCCCGGCCUUGAAAAAAUGGUUCAACCCCUCAAUACCGGGCACUACGCUCCCCGUCAAAAACUUGAAUGUGGAAUAUCUCCGCGAACACGGCGCCGAUGCCUUCGUCCCACUCGAACUCACCGAAACCCCAUCUCCCUCGAUUUCCCAGACACAUAGCGACACAGAAGAGGUUCAAAGCUUCCGACAAUUCCACGCUCCGCUGUCGCUAUUUCUAGACUGGAUGCGCACGGCCGAAACCAACCCACAGUCCACACGGCUCUACCUCGCGCAAUGCCAGCUCCUAGAUCUGCCGCCGGUGCUGUGCGAAGACUUCCCAACACCGGAAUUAGUAGCGCACGCAGGCAAGGGCGAUGUGUACGAUACCAAUGUAUGGAUCGGACACCCGCCCACAUAUACGCCGCUCCACCGGGACCCGAACCCGAAUUUGUUUGUACAGCUGGCUGGAGAGAAGGUUGUGCGCCUGCUCGCGCCGGCAGAUGGGCAGGCUGUGUUUGGGGCUGUGAGGCGGCAGCUGGGGAAGAGUGGGAGUCGGGAGGCAGCGGCUUUCCGGGGCGAGGAGAUGAUGCAGGGCAGGGAGAGGGCGUUGUUAGAUGAAAUGGUUUGGGGAGCCCCGGUGUCUGCUGGUUCGGAUUCUGGGGUUGGCUUCGAAGCGCGUCUUGGAGCCGGUGAUGGCUUGUUCAUUCCUAAGGGGUGGUGGCAUAGUAUCAAGGGUGUCGGCGAGGGCGUUACGGGCUCGGUCAAUUGGUGGUUCCGAUAG